GGCCCAGCUUACUGGGGGUGUAUCUCCUCUGGGACGGGGAGUCCGCGGGUUAAGAGCUCAUCUCUCUCUUCUCGUUCAGGAAGUGGAAUGAAGGGGAGCCCAAUAACCUGUUCCUGAGCAAAAAUAUACGUACAGACGUGAGUUCAAUCCACUGAGGUGCAGAUUCACAGCAGAGAUGUGUCCCAGAACCAAGCAGAUUGGGAGAAGAUCCGAGCAGAGGUUGCAGCACUGCAGAAAACAGUAGAGGCUGUCCAUCUUUCGGUGUCUGGGGAGCUGGCCGUUGUGAGGGAGCUUCACAGUAAAAUGCAAGAGGACAUCACAGCAUUACAGAAAAGAGUGGGCGUUCUUGGUGAAGAACCGCACAAAGUCCCGGGUAUACUGGCUGGGGCUGAGUGACAAGAAAGUGGAAAAUCAAUGGCUCUGGGUGGAUGGCUCCCCUCUCAAACUCAGAUUCCCCCUCUCACGAACCGGCAGCUGGUGAUUCCUACCCUGAUCAUCGUGGCCAUCAAACUGCUCCUGAUGACCCUGGUCCUCCUCUACCGUGUUCCCUGGUGCCAGUCGGGCUGGGACCAGGACCAAGGGAGGUGCUACCUUCUCUCCCAGGCUAACCAGACCUGGGAGGCAGCGAGAAACUCCUGCUUAGCCCAGAAUGCUGAUCUGGUGGUGAUCAACGACCAAAGGGAGCAGGAUUACUUGGCUAUUAAAGCUCGUUCCAUUCGGCACUGGAUCGGCUUCACCGACCAAGGGACUGAAGGCAUCUGGCGCUGGGUGGACAACACUUCUGCGGUAUUUACUUUCCAGGAUUCGCUGUCACCUCAGCAUCUCGCUGCUACUGCGUAACCCUACGGGGAUCCGGAGAAUGCGCCCCCCCCCAUGAUACUGUAGCUGCCUUUCUGCCCAGUCCCCCGCAUCUCACAACAGGGGCCUGAUCCCCACUGUACCAGAACGACGGCCCCUGGCAAACAGGAGACAGGCCAAGGAGGAAUCUACCGACAGAUCCCGGCUGCUCAGUUCCCAGCCAGGCCCGUAGCUCGAGACGUUGGUGAGACUAGACACGUUCGCUACGUCAGUUCUCGCGUUUCAGCCCUGCCAGCCAAGGGACGAUGGGGAGAGAUGCUGCUAGGCCGAGGCCGACACCCGGACACGAGCGCUGCUGGCCCCUCCCUGACGGCGCGUUGGCGGCACUUUGGCCCUAUCCAGCCCUAAAGCGCCUCAUGGGCAUUCACAGCCCGCACGGCCCCACUGCUGAGAAAGAGCUGCCACCAGCCCCAUUUUACAGGUGGGCAGACUGAGGCACUGAGCGACAACUCACCCACUGUCUCAGAGCAAAUGGCAGCUGGGAAGAGAACUCAGGAGUCCUGGCUCCCAGCUCCCCGCUGCUUUAUGAAACCAGGAAAUCAAAUACAAAAAACAAAGCCACUGAUCAAACAAAUGGCUGGCACCAAUUCUACUGUCACUGCUGGUAUUUAUUAGCCAUACUGCUGUGGCACCAAGGCCCCAUUGUACCAAACUCAGCACCUACAAGCCUUGGUAUUGAGAGCCAAUGACCCAAACAGACAAGGCAAGAGAAGAACCAUUUGCCCCAUUUUACUGCUGUGGAAACUGAGGCACAGAGCAAUUCAGGGCCAGAGCUGAGAAUUGAACCUGGAUUUUCCCCAUCCCAGCGUAGUCCCAGAACCACUCGGGCACCUGUGCCACAGAGCUGCUGCCAGCUGGGCUCUGCCACACAGGUCUCAGGAGGCAUCAAAGAUAACAGCAGCUACAGGAGCUCAAACUACCCCUGGAUCCAAUCCUGAACCCAUUGCACCAGCCGGACAGCGCCUGCCUCCAACGGGAGCUGAGCUGGAACAUGCAGUGCAGGAUCCAGAGCCCAGCUGGGGACCCACAUGCCAAAUGUUGGCACCUAAAAUCUGGCACCUAAAUCCACAACAAGGCUCCUAAAAUAGCUGGCCUGCCUGGCUGGUUAUGCCCAGAUUCUGCAGGAUCUGAGAAUGGUCGUUAUUAAGUGAAUUACGGUAGCGACUGUCAGCCCUGACCAAAAUUGAGGCCAUAUUGUGCCCGGGGCUGCACAGACCCACAGCAAGAGACAGCCCCUGCCCCAAAGGGCUCCCAGUCUCAACUGACAAAAGGCAAGUCGGGAAACUGAGGCACGGAGCAGGGAUGCAAUUUGCCAAAUCAGUGGAAAGAACCCAGGUGUUCUGACUCCCACCCCGACACCCUGUUGACCAGACGGCGCUGCCUGUCUACAAAUCGCAGCCUCUUUGUAAGUCAGGCUUCUUGUUUCAGGAACCUACGUCUGGAUUGAAAACCAGACCCCCCCAAAGCUCUGGGAAGGUGGGUGGGCACAGACCCAGGCCAGCACUGAUGUCUCCCUCUCCCUCCCUCCUUCCCCAGAGGGUGGCUGGACUGGCAGGGCCAAGCAGGGCAAGGAAUGCUCCAUUUUAUUAAUCACUUGGCACCACAUGGACAGAAAUAUUUCUGAAAACGAGGUUUCUCUGCUGGUGUCACAGGCGUGGCACCUCCCGCCCACCCAGGGCAUAGGAUGCACAGAGGGACAGGGCACUGAGCACCCAACAGGGUCCAGCCCUUUGUACAGCCAGCCACUUAGACAACAACUCACAACCAACACCCCUCCCCCAGCUGUGAGGAUAGAACUCAGGAGUCCGGGUCCCCAGUCUCCUCUGCUCUAGCCAUUAGACCCCACUCCCCUCCCACUGCUGGGAUAGAACCCAGGAGUCCUAGGUUUGCUUCUAGCCCUGACGGCAUCUAAAGCCAGGCAAAUGCUCCUUUAAGUGAAAGACAUAAGAACAUAAGAACGACCCUACUGGGUCAGACCAAAGGACCAUCCUGCCCAGUAUCCUGUCUUCC